AUGGAGGAAGGCUACCAAAACCGGACUGCUUUUAUAAAAGGUGCCAAAGACAUUGCGAAAGAAGUCAAGCGGCAAGCUAGUAAGAAGGUUGGCCGGUCAGUGGAUCGGGUGAGCGAUGAGUACAGCAAGCGCUCCUACAGUCGCUUCGAAGAAGACGAUGAUGAUGACUACCCAAUGCAGGGGAGCCAGGAUGGAGGCUACUACCGCGGCGAUAGCCAGGCGGCCAACGAUGAUGAGGGUGGCCACAGUGACUCCACAGAGGGCCAUGACGAGGAUGACGAGAUCUAUGAGGGCGAAUACCAAGGAAUCCCCAGGGCUGAUUCUGGGAAAGGAGACUUGGCCGGAGGUCCUGGAUCAAUAACAGCCGGAGCUCAACAGUUUAGAGAUAUUGGGGCAUCUGAGGCUGAGAGGCGGAAGGACCAGGAGGAGCUGGCUCAGCAGUAUGAGACCAUUUUGCAGGAAUGUGGGCACGGAAAGUUCCAGUGGAGUCUGUACUUCGUCUUAGGGCUGGCACUUAUGGCUGAUGGUGUGGAAAUCUUCGUGGUGGGGUUUGUCCUUCCCAGUGCAGAGAAGGAUAUGUGUCUCUCUGAACCCAGCAAAAGCAUGCUUGGUCUGAUUGUAUACUUUGGUAUGAUGGUUGGGGCUUUCCUCUGGGGGGCCAUGGCAGACCGGAUUGGCCGUCGGCAGUCUCUUAUCAUCUCUCUGUCCAUCAACAGUAUCUUCUCCUUUUUCUCAUCCUUCGUUCAGGGUUACAGCACUUUUCUGUUUUGCCGCCUUCUCUCAGGUGUCGGAAUCGGUGGCUCAAUUCCCAUCGUCUUCUCGUACUAUUCUGAAUUUCUGUCUCAAGAGAAGCGUGGCGAGCACCUCAGCUGGCUCUGCAUGUUCUGGAUGAUUGGAGGAAUUUAUGCAUCUGCCAUGGCCUGGGCUAUCAUUCCACACUACGGGUGGAGUUUCCAGAUGGGCUCAGCCUAUCAGUUCCACAGCUGGCGGGUGUUUGUGUUGGUGUGUGCAUUCCCUUCAGUUGCAGCCAUCGCUGCCCUCAACGCCAUGCCUGAGAGCCCACGCUUCUACCUAGAGAAUGGCAAGCAUGAUGAAGGCUGGAUGAUUCUGAAGCAAGUCCACGAUACAAACAUGAGAGCUAAAGGUUACCCAGAGAGGGUGUUCACCGUCACCACAAUAAAGACUGUAAAGCAGAUUGAGGAGUUGGUGGAAAUUGGCACCGACACUCCCAUCUGGCAGCGCUACAGAAUGAAAAUUAUGAGUCUUUCACAACAGAUACGAAAAAACAUUCUCGCCUGCUUCAACCAAGAGUACAGAAGAACCACCUUUAUGCUAAUGGCUGUUUGGUUCAGCAUGUCGUUCAGCUACUACGGGCUAACGGUGUGGUUCCCUGACAUGAUCAAGUACAUCCAGAAGCAGGAAUAUGACUCACGGACAAAGACCUUCACUAAUGAGCGAGUAGAACAUGUAACCUUUAACUUCACCUUAGAAAACCAAGUCCAUCGCGAAGGACACUAUUUCAAUGACAAGUUCCUCAACCUGAAGAUGAAGUCCAUGGUGUUUGAAAACUCAGUGUUUGAGGAGUGCUUCUUUGAGGACAUCACCUCCACACACACAUUCUUCAGGAACUGCACCUUCAUUGCCAGUUUGUUUUACAACACAGAUUUGUUCAAGUACAGGUUUGUCAACUGUAAGCUGAUUAACAGCACCUUCCUUCACAACAAGGAGGGCUGCAUUCUGGACUUCAGUGAUGACUUCAACAACGCCUACAUGAUUUACUUUGUCAACUUCCUCGGCACAUUAGCUGUGCUCCCCGGGAACAUCGUCUCUGCUCUUUUGAUGGACAAAAUUGGCCGUUUGAGAAUGCUGGCGGGAUCUAGCAUCAUAUCCUGUGUCAGCUGCUUCUUCCUGAUGUUUGGCAACAGUGAAUCGGGAAUGAUCGCCCUCUUGUGUCUGUUUGGUGGUAUCAGCAUUGCUUCGUGGAAUGCUCUGGAUGUGAUAACAGUGGAGCUGUAUCCCUCUGAUAAAAGGACCACAGCUUUUGGCUUCUUGAACGCCCUCUGCAAACUGGCAGCUGUUCUGGGAAUCAGCAUCUUCCAGUCAUUUGUGGGCAUCACCAAAGCCGUCCCCAUCAUAUUCGCUGCCGGCGCACUCGCUGCCGGUAGUUUCCUCGCCACAAAGCUGCCUGAGACCAGAGGCCAAGUAUUGCAGUAAGACAGACGACCAGCACUGGGCAGCAGAGUUCAGUUGGAGUGAGUGAGGGAGUGACAGGCCUGAACAUCUCUGAGAGCUUCAGCGCUGCCCGUCCUUUUCACAGCAACAGUAGAGACUGCCUUUCCCCCUAUAGUAAGCCCCGAAUCCUUUGAAAUGUGGAUUGCAUCACUCAGUGUCAGAUAUUGCAGAAAAGCUAAUAAUUUUUGAAAAUCUGUACCAUUGCAGCAUAGUUACAGCUGCUCUGUCAGGUAUGAUACAAUUGUAGUCCUACAGUAGUGGUUAUGUGGUCCAAAUGGAAACAUUCAAUUUAUAUUAAAAUGUAUUAAUGGUGGAAUAGUAGAAGAAAUUGAAUUCAUUUCUGGGGGAAAGAUUGUAAAAAGGUAAGAUUGCAGUCUUCUUCUUUACUCAUGUGUCUUAAUCUCCGUAGGCUAACAGAGCUGUUAAUUAUUUUAGUGACUUGUUCAGUUCAUCACUGCCAGACCACCUUACCAGAGAGCUGAUGUUACCAACCAAAACUUACAAAACAAUCCCUGAAAAGCUGAUUUACUCAGACAGGUGAAGAUGCAUUUCACAGGAUUCUUUGUUGCACAUGGGAGUAGUUGGAUCCAGUUCUUCAGUGUUAAACCAAUGUUUACCCUCUCUGUUGUGUGACAGUUUGUGGAUGUUUAAUGGGUGAGACAGGGGAACGUCUUUGGGAUGAAUUUGGGUCAAAUAUCAGCGUGUGAGAGGAAACCAUAUUGUGCUUUUUUUUUGUCUCUAUUAGUUAUUUGCUUGCAUAACAGGGGGUGAAUUGGAAACCUAUGAAGUGAAAUCUUUUUUUUCAGGUGAAAAUGUUUUGGGGUUACCUUCACAAAAGUAUAUGUAAGAAUACGAUCAUAUUGAUUUUCUUAUUUUUAUGUCAGUUUUUGUAUUUGGAUCCUUUUUUGAUAUUUAGCAACAGAAUGUUUACAUAUUUAAAAAAAAAUUUUCUUUAUGUCGAAAAAUAAACACAAGUCAUGCAGUUGGUCAGGUUUUUCUGCCCUCUAGUGUCCAGAUAGAAAACUACAUAGAUUGUAAACAGACAUAGACGUUACCUUAAAGUUGUACUGUUUUGAUACUAUUCGAUCCCUUGAACUAUCAUGAUUUGGAUGUUCCCAAUCAUGAUAGGGAUUGGAAUGUUCCAGUUCAGAAUGAAAAGUUUUCACUACAACCGCUAUAUAUGUUUGUUCUGCUGCACAGCCUAAAGGAUAUUGCAAAUGUGUUUGAUCUGGUUAGCUUAAACAAAAUUAAUUCGUUUUUAUUUAAGACAACAAGUGGUUAAGGAGACUGCUAUAUUGUGCUGAAAUAUCAUUUGAAACAACCAUUGCUUUACUACAUUCUUAAAUAUAUAUGAUAAUUAUGAUUUCUGUAGCUAUGAGUGUGGAAUCAGACCUGUAACAUAUGACUCCACGCAUACAGCUACAGUCUUUAAAACAUACUUUUUGACCCUACUUCUGACAAAUAUGCAAAGAAGUUUGCUGAAGUGCUAGGCUAAUGUGCUGUGCCUAGUGCUGUAACUCAUGGACAAUUUGGCUCAUAAUAACGUCAUGGGUGCACGCUUGACUGGAAUUACAUUUAAUUGUGGUUUUGAGUGGAGUGUGCAUUAGAAAAAUGUAAAAAAGUCUAAUUCCUGCUUCAUAUACGUAUCAAUUUGCUUUGAACAUAAUCAGUAGUGUUUCCUCUGCUUUCUUUGCAUCUUUCUCCUUCAUUAAUAGUUGUCUGGGUAUAUGUAGUUCAGAGAAGGCCAUGUGACACAGACCUGCUCUGCACUGGCCAAUACCGUCUCCAUUUCAGUGUGAGCAUCAUUGCAAUGGUUGAAAAAUGCUUGUAAUUUUAGGCAAAACAGAAAAGCAACUUGAUUAGAAACCUAAACUGUUAUUUAGAAUUAGUUUGAGUCCACCUUUAUCAUGAUAUAACUUAAUUCCAGCUAGAUUCACAAAUGGGACCGAAAAUGAAAAAAGUUGUGCAUCAGAUAACAAUUUUAAGGGGUCCAUUUUUCUUUAAAAGUUUAUUUGGUAGCGACCGACACACAUCCACAUAGACAAACUGAACAAAAUAGCAGUCCAAUGUUUGCAUCAUAGUGCAAUAGCAACAGCUAUUUUGCAGCACUUUUCCAUAGAUGGGCUUUUAAAAAGAACCUCUAAAAAUUAAAGCAAUAGUCAUUUAGAUAAAAUGAAACAACGUGAUAUUGACAACAUCUACAAACAAACAGUAAAACAUAAAAACAUCAAAAAUGGAUACAGUUCUGUUUUUGAUAUAACCAGAAUUUUGUUUGGUUUUGAACAUACUGAAACUGGUUACAGUCUUUAAAUCAACAGGAAGUAAGUUCAAAACUGCAGAUCCUCUCACGGACAGGUCACUUUGAGCAAAAGUGGUUCUUCGAAAGGGGAUCUUACAAUUUGCAUUGGAAACCACUCUAGUGGAUUGUGCAAUAUCUGUAUGCAAUUGCUUAAUGGUGUAGGUGCAUAUCCAUUUAGACACUUAAAGAUAAAUUUUAAGAGGUUAUUAUUUGUAAAAUUAGGAAAGUCCAAAAUGCCAAAUUGAGCCAAAACGCAUCACUGACCAAAAUGAUUACUUACUAUACUGCACCCCAACUUAAUACUUUUAACACUUUAAAUACAUAGUAGAUUAUUCUCAUUAUAGUUUCUGUGUAUAAUUUCUCUAAAGUUUUACUUUACAUGUGCUGACAAUCACUGAGUGUAAGAUUUUGACCUAAAAACAUCCCCUUAACUGUGUACAUGUGUUUACAAGUAGCGUACUGUUAUUUUAUAGUCGUGGAUGGGUUAUUAUUAAAUAUGUUACAGAAUAAGUUGAUGAUUUUUAAAAAAAUAAGUUGUUUACAAAUAGGAAAAUAUUUCUAUUAGAAAUAAAUAUCAGUAAUUAGUUCAACAUAUUUGUUUAUCCUACGCAUUUUUUUAAAGUUAGAAAAAAGGAUAAAUUCAUAAAUCAGAUUUUAAAUUGCUCUAUUUUUUCUAUACUAUAUAUAGUUGUAUUAAUAUAUCAAAGUAUUUAAUUGCAUACUUCUCAGAAGAGUUGAUAACCUGAAACCAAACCAAUCACACAUAACAUUGGAAUAAAUUUUAAAAUUUAGGGAUAAAACAAACAAAAAAAAAAACUAAAACAUAGGUCUAUAAUAAAAUUCAACCUUAUAGAAUUUUGGAUGAAAAUCCUAUAAAAACACUUCUGUUAGUCUAAUGCAGCAUUUUACAUUUGGGAAAAAAUAUCUUAUUGGAAGUGCAAGGAGGCCAGAGUUACAGUUAUUUAAUCUUUAACAUAUUAAAAUGUUAACAAAACGUAGGAGUUUAUUUACAAUCUAGCAUGUGCAAUGUAACAUCUAGUUAACACAGAAAGAUGUAAAAGCAGCAGUUUUACCUAAAUGAGUCAGAUAAAUAGUCAUUAAGUUGUUAGAGAUGCAGUUAUGGCUUUUUAUACAGCUUCUGCACAACCCAUUAUAAACUGCUGUUCGUCCAUAACUUGGUCAAAACAUUUUGCAAACAAAAUUUUUUAUGUUUGAUGUUUAAUUUUCUUUAGGGAACUAAAUUUUCUGAUUAGAAGCCAACAGUAAAAACAAAAAAAUGUUAUCCAAUUUAUUCAGAUGAAAAAUAUUAAACUAAAAUAAAAAUCAUUCACUAAACAAAUACCCAGAGGUGUAUGUUUUUUUCUUUCUUUUUUCUUUUCACAAAUUGAAGAAAGUCUUAAUAAUUCUAAACAGGAACUGGCACUAGUUUUUAUGUCUGGUUCCUCUGUUCAAUGUUUGAUUCUUGUUUUCCUGUUAAUUUGUUUAAUCUUAAGAAGAAAAAUCAAGUCUCCUUUUGGCCUAUUUUUAUUUUACCACAUAAAAAAGAAAAGACAAUUUCCUUCCAUUUCAUGCUUAAAUUUAAACUUUUUUAAAAAUCUUCAUUAGCCUACUGGUUAUUGAUGACAAAAAUUAAGCAAGUAAACAUUUCUGAACCUUUAACGUCACCAGAUUUACUUUCUGUUUGUGGAUGAAUCUCUUUAAAUCAAUGUCUCCCAUCAUGUUGCAAAAUGUCCAAAUGUGUGUUUGUGUGAAACAAAUGUUCCUUUUCUAAAGACUUUUCUUUCAUCCCUUGGAUGAAAAAAAAAAAACCCAGAAUGAAAAAAUAUGCAGUGUAGAUUUUAUUUUUAUUUUUUUCUUCAGACUUGAAUGCUGUUUAUUUCAUGAGACUUGAGUCUUUGAAAGGAUGAAAUUGAAGCCUUACUCAAAGACAUGAUCUGACUACUUCUCUGUUUAAACAUGUGAGAAAAGCCUACCUGAAAUCGACUUUUUUAACCCAUCAAACCUCCGUAUUCAGCCAAGCUUGACGCAUGUUUGUAGUCGUAUUGUCUAAUCUCUUGGACGUCCUGUAUGCCAGCUGUUUUUGUCUAAAGCAAGAGAACCAGUGAUUUUUAUUGUUGUAUGAUGACAUAGAUCUGUUGCUUGCAGUGAUUGUUGUUUAUCAAAGUGGGGUUAAAGUUAGUUAUUGGUGACUGUGUUCCAUUUAGCUUGGGCCCAGGUUACCUCAACACACCGAUAUAGUUUAUAAAUACAUAUCUGGGAGGAGGUUUAGAGCACAUCCAGAGUAUCUAGAGGUGUAUAAAUAGAGAAGGCCGGGAAGAGGCAAUCUUAAAGGGAGCCAAAAAUGUGCAUUAAUUAUGUAGAAAAUAAAUAUAAGUCUGCUUGUUUGAGUUUAUAGAAAAAAAGGACAGGUAAGCAAUAUUUUGAGUUUUCCUCAAUUUUAAGGAAGGAAAAUUUUCGUUUUAAACACAUAGGGUUAUUAGUAAAGCUCUCUGCUUACUGUCCAAAAUGAAAACUUCUAAUAAUUUUUGGUUGUAUGCAUAAAAUCUAUGUAUUUACAAAUACAAAACUUUUCACCGGUUUAAUUUUGGCUGUUUACAGGACCAUAACACUUCCUUUGACUAUGGUGAUGUGUUAAAGGUGUUUUCAUGGCAUGAUUUCUGUCUGAUCGACUCCUAAGCACAUACAGAUGAGUUCUAAAUAAAUCGUUUACCCCCUACACCCCAGAUAAGGAUGAACCCAUUCCUGUGAUAAUGCUUGUCUGCAGAUAGUGAGAAUCCUUCACUAUAUGUGGGACAAAAGGAGUUUCCAUUUGUGUCUUUUUCAUUUAGACUUUGAUCGAUUUAUUUACUGAUAAAGGCUCUUCUCUAAAUGUAAGUUAAUUUCUGAAUUAAGUGUAUCGUGUGUGGAAACUGUAAAUGUUUCUAUGUGAAAGUAUGGAAUUUGUGGGGAAAAAAAAUAUCAAGGAAACAAUUCCAAAAAAGUUAAAUAUGAAAAAACAAACUAUUGUGUUGUCUUUGUGUUUUGUAAAUGAUGAAUGAAAAUCUUGGUAAAUAUAUUAUGGAUAUUGAGAUUAUUUAAGUGAUGAUGAAAAGGUGCUGUAUGUAUUUUCUGUGAGAAGUGUUCAUUGUGCUGGGUUUUGCCUUUUCAUGGCAGUUAUCCAGCUCUUUGAAGAACAUUAUGAAUUAUAAUGGAAAUAAAUCUUUAAAAAUA